AUGGCGUCCGGCGAGGAGAGCAGUGCGGCUCUGCGGGCUUCUCUGCUCUCCUCUCUGCUCGCCUUAGACCCGAGCUGCGCCCAAACUCUGGACGACCGAGUCCUGGAGCUAUACCUUUUGAGGACGGCGGAGAUGAGGCGCAGAAGGGCCCGGGAGACGAUAGCAAGGGCCCGGAGAAUGCGCCACUAUCUGCGGAGGAGGAAGCGAGUCGUGGUGUCUGCUCUGGCUGGGGUGCUGGGCCUCGUCAAGUCCUUCGGGAUCCGGGAGAUGUGGACCAAGUAUCGGCCCGUGGAAGGAGGAGACUUCUGGCAGGCCGCACAGCGCUGCAGUGAUGAGGAGUGGAAGGACCACUUCCAUGUGACUCGGGCCACAUUCUCCCACCUGCUGCAGCUGCUUGAGCCAACCAUCACCAGGAAGAAGACCCAGUGCCGAAUACCCAUUGACGCACGCCGCCGCCUUGCCAUCGCCCUUUGGUGGUACGCGCAGAAUGAGGAGUACAGGCUGAUCUCUGAGCGCUUCGGCGUGGGCAUCACCACUGUCUGCAUCAUCAUGCGCCAGGUUACCACAGCCAUCGUGAACUCUCUAUAUGAGGAGUUUCUGUCGUUGCCUAAAGCAGAGAAGCUGGAGGCGGCGGUGAAGGCCUUCAAGGACCAAGGCUACCCUCAGUGCGCAGGGGCCAUCGGGACCACGCAUAUCCCCAUCGUGGGCCCCAGAGAAAACCCCCAAGACUACAUGAAUUCCAGCGGCUGGUACUCCAUCAUCCUGCAGGCUGUGGUGGAUCACAAUCUCAUGUUCACCCAUGUGUACGCCGGGUGGCCGGGCAGUAACUCCAACGCCACGGUCCUGUCCAGCUCUGACCUGUUUUUGAACAUGGAGGACCAGCUGAUCUUUCCAUCAGAGAAGUCCGUUGAGCUCGGUGGUGGCGUGCAGGUCCCGGUGCACCUGAUCGGAGACUGCUCGUUCCCUCUGAAGCGCUGGCUACUGACGGGAUACAACCUGGAAGACCGCCUCUCCCCGGAGCAGCGGCGCUUCACACACGCCCUCAACGCAGCACGCGCCGUUGUCCCAGUUGCAUUCACGCGUCUUAAAGGUCGCUGGGGGUGCCUGGAAAAGAGGAACGAGAUCGAGGUAACCGCCAUGCCCGCCAUGGUGACCGCCUGCUGCAUCCUCCACAACGUGUGCGAGUAUCUGGGGGACGAGUUCCUGCCCGAGUGGAUCGAAGACAGCGAUGCCUUCGUUCAGCCAGAGGUCCAACAAUGCCAGGCUGCGGACUACGGCGGCGCGGAGGCUAUACGGCACGCCAUGACCUACAGUUUUAGAGACGUUUACCAGAAACCCACCAGUAUAGACGGGUUUCCAAUCACGUACGACGACUGA